UUCACCGCCGUUACCAUUACCUUCUACUAUCAUCUUCAACGUAUGACUCACACAUCUAAGUCUCACAAAGCUUCAUCAAUCACUUCUACAUCCUCCAUACUACAACAUUGAUCCACAGCCAUGAUAUCCACUCAUGCUUCCGGGAAGUCUGAAGUUGCCCUCAUCGAUGAACAGAUAUGCUUCAUCUCAGCUAAUCGUGCUCCACGAUACGAGCCCCAACUCAAACCAGGAGCUAAUGACAGACUUCAGAAUUUCUUCGUUUACCACCCAAUACAUACGCAGACAAGUGUAUAUGUAUCGUCUUUCACGCCCCCAAUUUCCGAGCUCUUCGGGAUUCUCUCGAGGAGAUUUUUGUUCUUUGCUUCUCCUCAGAAGGAAGCUGGUAAGAUGCCAAAGGAAUGUUCAGUGAUACUCUUGAUCAUAUUUGUUUUGCUUAUUGUUGCAAGUUGGAUUGCAAUUUAUAGAUUGCUAAGCUGUCCCACAGGUGAAACCACAUUUUCUGCAACUGCUGAAGUGCCCAUGCUCUCUGCAAAUGUUUUGUCUGCAUCUUCCAAAGGAUGUGGAGACCUUGCUGAUGAGGGAAUGGUGGCUCAAAUAACAGUGGCGAAUCACAGGAAGCCAAAUGUGCUACUCAUGGCAAAUAUGUCUUUCCAGUUCAAGUUUUGUUAUGUUAUUGCUCUGUAA